AUCUACACCUAGGCGGCGCUGUGGUGAAAGUGAUGAUGGUUUUAAUUUUAUUCAUGUGAGCUUAUGGAAGGAUUGUAGUUCUUUCCAUGAAUUACAAUGUUAUAAUCAUAAAAGAUUAUUUGAUUGCGAUGAGUUUUAGUGAAAACUAUAAAAAUGUUCACAAUGGUUGAAUUAAAGAAGGAAAUUCGAGAGCACAAUCAAACACAAGUAGAAAAAUGUACGAUUCCUGCAUGUGAGAACUACCUUGGAAAGCCCGGAAUUCAAAAACAAAAUCCAGAUGUCUCACCGAUCGUUUACGUUUUGCGUUAGAUCGCCAAUAAAUAUUGACGAAUUUACGCAAAGCUGAAUCAGCUCAUGCGACAUCUACAUUAGAGCCCAGAACCACAAAAGUGCGGGUGUAUGUUUAUGUUCGUGACAACACGAAGGAGCGCCAACUGUCUGUGGAUUGAGGAACUACAAAAGCGAAAAACCCUAGGCAGGGGAUCACUCGGCUCGUGGAUCGAUGAAGACCGCAGCUAAAUGCGCGUCAGAAUGUGAACUGCAGGACACAUGAACACCGACAUCAGGUCCUUCGAACCGGAUAAGCGUCGAAACUCCGCUCAUCUGAUACCCACGUGCUACGAUAUACGAUCCGCCAUUGUUCAAUUCAUCUGGAACGUUCGAGAACAUCCACGAUCUCGCUGCAGGUAGCGACCAUUGUUCCUGUUACUAUUCAUACAAGGCACGUUAUUGCCUUACACAAGGUAAUUGCAUUUCCAAUAACGUUAAUUUUUCCCGUGAGAGCUACGCGGUCUUGCGUUUUGCAGAUCAGCUCCUUACUCUGCCAUCAUGUCCGCCGAACGCCGCAUCAAAGGAUUCAAAUCGCGCUACAAGAGCUUGAAGUCAUCACUCAUCCAGAUCAAAAUCUUUGUCGACGAGUAUCAGGAGGAUAGGGACUACCUCGAAGUUCCAGUUCGUCUGGAACACCUUCAGAAGCUGUGGACCGACCUGGACAGCGUCCAAAGCGAUCUGGAAAUGCAGGACGAUGAUGCUCUGGAUGAACUCUUGAAGGAGCGGAUGGCGUUCGAGUCGCUCUACUACAAAACAAAGGGAUUUCUUUUGACCAAGAACAAACUGGCUACUACGUCGAUCGCUAUUCCGGCUAGCCGUUCUCACCACCUUCCCGCACAGUCGUUGCACGUCCGCCUGCCAGACGUCAGACUGCCUACUUUUAAUGGAAAUAUUGACACCUGGCUCAAUUUCCACGAUCUUUUUGUAUCACUGGUUCAUUCCUCGGCCGAGCUCUCGUCCAUACAGAAAUUCUACUACCUGCGUUCUUCACUCGCUGGCGACGCAUUGAACCUCAUUCAGACCGUUCCGAUCAGCGCCGAGAACUACCCUAUUGCGUGAUGAUUGCGUCUGAUGAAUCACUAUCAGAACACUGCCCGACUCAAGCGCACCUACGUAGAUGCUCUAUUCGAUUUCCAUUCGUUGAAGCGGGAAUCUACGACGGAAUUGCAUUCGCUGGCCGAGAAAUUUGAAGCGAAUGUAAAGAUCCUGAAACAGCUUGGUGAACGCACAGAGUAUUGGGACAUAAUCCUGAUCCGCAUGCUCAGCAUACGACUAGACCCAACCACGAGGAGAGACUGGGAGGAGCAUUCUUCUGCGCUGGACAACGUGUCGUUCCAGCAACUGACCACUUUCAUCAAGAGGCGAGUGACAGUACUACAAACUAUCAAUUUGAAGGCUCCAGAAAUUCCACCACCUGCUACGCCGAAAAGGCCUACUCAACGGCCAGUAGUCAGUAACAACGCUUCUCAGCAGUCAACCAACAGCGGUCGAAACUGCGCCGUCUGCCACGAUCCUCAUCCGGUCUACCUUUGCCCUGUCUUUUCGAAGCUGGAUCUGGAGGGAAAGGAGAAAGACGUUCGUCGCCUGCAGCUUUGCAAAAACUGCCUUCGAAAGGGACACCGGGUGCGGGACUGCCCAUCUUCUAGCUCUUGUCGAAGAUGCAGAGGACGUCAUCACACUCAACUCUGCUCGGGGGAAAACGUAGUCGCUGUGCACUCCAGGGCUACAGAAUUCGAACACGCGAGAUCAGUCCCCACUCCAGCGGCUGUACAGCAAACACCGAAAGCUUGUGUCAACGCUACUCUCAACUAUUCGCCUAGCCACGCUUCAUCUGGAAAUCAUCACAAGAACGUCCUACUCGCUACUGCUAUUGUCACCUUGAUCGAUGCCAACGGGGCAGCACAUCUCGCUCGGGCUCUGCUGGAUUCUGGGAGCGAAUGCUGUUUUGUCACGGAGUCGUUUUCGCAGUCGAUCAAGGCACCACGUCAGAAGAUCUCGCUGCCAAUCUCGGGGAUUGGGCAGUCAUCAACCUACGCGCGCUACAAAAUCCUGUCCACCAUACGAUCCAGAACGAGUGACUACUCCGCUACCGUGGAGUUAGUUGUUCUUCCGAAGGUCACAAUCGAUCUACCGUCGUCGUCCAUAGAUCCAUCUGCAUGGAAAAUCCCUCCUGGCAUUCAGUUGGCUGACCCGAAUUUCUACCGCUCUUAUCCGAUCGACUUGAUUCUGGGCGUGGAAAUCUUCUUUGACCUCUUCAAGGUCGAAUCCAACUCGGAGACUCGUCACCAUUCCUCGUCAACUCCGUACUUGGUUGGGUGUUGUCCGGGAAAAUCGCGAACGGAACCCCAACCACUCCGAUUGUCGCCAACGUAGCCAACGUCACAACGGUCACUGAACUGCAACAUCAGAUGGAGCAAUUUUGGACCAUCGGAGAAGGCACCCCCUCAUCGUGCUAUUCGGUGGAAGAAACAGCACGCGAGAACCACUUUCUCCAUACUGUAACUCCCAACCCGAAUGGCAGACACAUCGUUCGCGUGUCACUGAAAGACAACGUACUCGAGCAGCUUGGAGACAACUGCUCCAACGCUGUUCGUCGGGACACCACGAAACUUCGGGUCGUAUUUGACGCAUCGGCUAAAACUCCCAACGGUGCAUCUCUGAACGAUGCCCUAAUGGUCGAUCCGAUCGUGCAGGACCUCCGAAGCAUCACUAUGCGCUCGCGGCGCAAAAAGGAAACGCUAAUUGCUGACAUUAGGCAAAUGCUCCAUCAUCUCUUGGUGGACCCUCGAAACAAGCCGUUGCAGUGCAUCGUCUUGCACUCCACACCGGACACACCUCUACACAUCUUCAAACAUCGAACGGUAACCGCGAGCGCUCACUUUCUAGCAACGAGAGUUCUCCAGCAGCCUUCAGAAGGAGAACAAAGCAGCUUUCUCAUGUCAGCAGAGGUUCUACGAAUGGACUUCUCUGUCGACGAACCCAAGAGCAUGGAAGAAGCCAUCGAACUCCGAGAACCACUGAAUCGUGUAUACAGCAACAAGCAGACAACCAACACCAAAACGCCAACUUCGGAAAUUACUCGCCUCACUAGAGGCGAAAGCCGAAACAUGGAAGCUGUUUUGAUCAAACUCGUUCAGCAGCAAAAGUUUCUCGACGAGUGGACAAGGCUCCAGCAGUUACAACCCGUUAAAUCCAAAUUUCGUCUUCAAUGGUUCGCUCCAUUCAUGUCGCUGGAUCAGCUGUUCAGGAUUGGCGUUCGUCUCACUCACGCACCACAGCCAUAUAACAUUCGCAGUUUACAUCUGAAGAACCUACAUGCUGCUCAACAACUCCUACUUACACUUCCACGCCUGUGGUACUGGAUCACAGGGGCCAGAAGUUUGACAAAAAAUGUCGUUCAUCAGUGCAUCUUUUGUUUUAAGAUCCGCCUGAAGCUUGUGGCACAGUUCAUGGGAGAACUACCAGCCGCAGGAGUAACCGCCAGCCGACCUUCCUCCGCCACGGCAGUGGACUACUGGGGUCCAACAGCGCUUCGACCACCCUACCGUCGAGCAGCCUCAAGCAAAGCAUACAUCGCAGUAUUUGUGUGCUUUUCAACACGCGCUGUGCACAUAGAGCUCGUCACCGACCUCAGCACAGCAAAAUUAAUUCAGGCUCUACGCCGCUCCGUUUCUCAUCAGAGUCUGUGUGCAGUAGUUUACAGCGUCAACGGCCGUAACUUUCUCGUAGCGGACAACGAAAUACAACGACUUGUGCGAAACCAGCAACACCGUCAAACAGUCGCCCAGGAGUGUGCUACCAACGGAAUGCAACCACUAACGCCGGAGUACUUUUCUUUUGGGUCCGCUUUAAAGGCCGUUCCAGAUUCGGAUGUAUUUGAAAUCCUUUUCAAUCGCUUAACGCAGUGGCAGCAAAUUCAAGAACUGCUGCAGAACAUCUGGAAGAAGUGGCAUUCCGGAUAUUUGUCGACGCUGCAAUCGAGUACGGUCACCAUCAGCAACAGUCAGCUCGUUCUUCUCAAUGUUGGAAAUUGUCCUCCGAUGAUAUGGCCAACAGCAAAUCGUCGAAAUACACCCAGGCACCGAUAACGUCACCAUGGUCACCGUUCAGACGACGGACAGCCGAUACACUUGUCCGUGACGAAUAUUUAUUUGCUGCCAAUUUGACCCACACAAGAAACACCACCGAACAACACCGAAUACGGAAAAAAAACAACACUGACAUCCGCUCCCCUGUUGGAUUCCUUCCGAUUUUCGUCACGAUUCCAUCAGCUUCACCUGGAAUUAAACAAAUACAACGCCUUUAUCAAUUAGGGACAAGGUAAGCACCUGUCCAAUCAAGUUUAUUUUUAAAACCCUCUACCGGGUUCUUAUUUUCAUAUCGCCGCGCUGAGUUUUGCUGGUUUCGCUCGCAAUCAAAACAAUCAUCGCCUGACGUCUAUCGAGUGACAACCGCUCUCAUCAUCAUCGAAGCAGGGGAUAGUAACUUCAAGCAAAAAAGUGGGACCGAUUCGAGAUUGCUUUUAUGUAAACAGUGAACUUUUUUUACACUCUAAAAAUCGAACCGACUUGCACUGACAACUGAAUGAUAUUGUCAAUUUGUGCGAGAUGCCUCAAAAUAGCUGGGAAUAAAUAUUGUUUAUAUACAGUAAGUUACAUUUAAUGCGACGUUUAGAUUAUUGAACAGACCUGUAACGUGACACGUUUAAUUGGACAUUUUUGUAAACAUCGAGUUCGGGGACAAAAUUAUGGUGCCACAUUAAAGUUGCCACCAGACGUCGACACUGUACCACUCACAUCGCCAAUGUUCAAUUACAGGCCAAAAUCGCCUCCGAAGCGACACUGAGUGGUGCCUCGGCAUGUCGUAUUAAAUUUAAAUUACUGUAUUAUGUUGUUAUUUAUGUCAUAAUGCAUAAUGUCAUAAGCAAUGAACACACAUUUAUUUUCCACUUGCAACAGUAUUCACGAUGAUUGGAUGGAUGAAUAUACGACUCCUACAUGCAUCUAGUACGACUAUCGUCAUGCGUAUAUACGAUUUACUA